AUGGCAAAUGGCUCUCGCUCUGUUCCUUCUCCUGUAACAGCUAACUUUUGCCAGGGACUAGAGGGCAUGAGAAUUUCCUGUGUCCGUCCCAGAGACAAAAUUGCUUUUGCUUUGUAUGCCGAAAGGGUCAGGGACACAGCCCUGGGGGGAGGGGGGGAGGCAAAGAAGGAAAACAGCCUUGGACAUUCUCCCAGGGCAACUGUCAACCCUCCCGCGGGGACGUUGGCCUCCCGCGGAGGAGGAACGUUCCCUGUGGAGGCUUGGGCUGCAGGCGCCCUUUCGGCUCCCCAGUCCUCGGACGCCCUCGCCCGGCGGGCUUUGGGGUUGGCUCAGGAAGGGUCGGCCGCCCGCGGCCUGAGAAAGCGCCAGGAGCGACGCCCGGAGCAGCGCAGGGUGAGCCGCGCCCGAGCCGCGGCAGGGCCUGGCGAGGCCAUGAAGGAAGCCCGAGUGCAAGAGCAGCCUGGGGCCGCGCAGGCCCGGCCUGCCAAGGGCACUGAGGCCGGGGAGGCCGGGGGAAGACCCGCGUAUCUGACAACGUUGCCAGCGGCCCUGAUAAGGUUCCGCAGAUUCCAAAAGAAGAAAAGGGCCAAGUCCCCCAUUUUCCAGAAGGGCCUCGUGGCUUGGGCUCUGAACGACAGUUUGGAGGGGCCUCGUGGCUUGGGCUGCAUAGUCAUCCCCUGCUGCCAGCGUUUUAACAACGUUCGCUGCUUUGUCUUGUUUUAUUGUGGUCUGUCUGUCUGUCUUAUGGUAUUUGGUCUUGUAGAUGUGAUCAUUGCCAAUUUUCAGAAGGGUUAUUAUCUGAAAAUCAUUGAGGAGUCAGUAUUGCAAUUUAGUUACGAUAUUUCAUCUGGCCUGAUAGCAAUAUUUGUAGCACACUGUGGAGGGAGAGCAAAAAGAACAACAUGGAUGGCAGUUUCCUCCUUUUUAAUUGGAGUUGGAUCACUUUUCUUUGCCUUUCCAUUCUUUAAUAAUAGAAAUUAUGAAUUUAAGGUAGAAAUUGAAG